AGCAGUCAGUCGCGCUCUGCACCUCCUUCAGCGAGGACCCACCUUUCACCGGUCAAGUGGAUUUUUUUGUAUUCGAGUGGAUCUCAUGGAGGGCAGGGUCACCUGUGGGCUGUGGGUGGUCGUCUUUCUCUUGGGAUGUGGACGACUGUCGGCGUUCAACCUGGACGACGAGAACGUCCAGCGGAAGGACGGAGAGAAAGGCAGUUUGUUCGGCUUCUCUCUCGCCAUGCACUGGCAGCUUGCUCCGGUGAAUAAGAGAAUGCUGCUGGUUGGUGCCCCGAGAGCAAGAAAAUGGAGAAAUCAGAAAUCUGAGGUGCCGGGAGGUCUGUACAACUGUGACAUGACCUCCUCCUCAAGUAGUUGCACCAGAGUUAUGUUUGAUGACAACGAGGAUCUAGAGAAAGAAAGCAAAGAGAACCAGUGGAUGGGAGUGUCAGUCAAUAGUCAGGGCCCAGGAGGCAAGGUUGUGACCUGUGCCCAUCGCUACCAGGUGCGGGCUAAUGUGGGCAAAAACCUCGAGGUUCGUGACAUUAUCGGCCGCUGCUACGUGUUGAGUCAGUCCUUGACUAUUGAUACCUCAUUGUUGGAUGAGGGAGGUAGCUGGCAUUUCUGUGCGAACCGGAACAGAGGCCACGAGAUGUUCGGCUCCUGCCAGCAGGGCAUGUCUGCCACAUUCGACAAGAACUACCACUACCUCAUCUUUGGGGCUCCUGGAGCCUACAACUGGAAAGGUGUGGUACGCUUGGAACAAAAGAACGAUUCCUUGCUAGACCUCGGCAUCUAUGACGAUGGCCCUUUUGAGGCUGGAGAUGAGAAGGAAAAGGACCCUAGUCGGUACAAUGUCCCUGACAACAGCUACCUUGGCUUCUCUCUGGACUCGGGGAAGGGUCUGAUCAAGAGGAACCAGCUCACAGUGGUGGCAGGGGCUCCUAGAGCGUACUACAGUGGAGCUGUGGUGCUGAUGAAGAAAGACACAGGCAACGGCUUGGUAGACGAGCACACCCUGAAAGGGGAAGGGCUGGCCUCGUCUUUCGGCUACGAUCUGACCGUGCUGGAUCUUAAUAAGGACGGUUGGCUGGACAUAGUGGUGGGAGCACCUCAGUACUUUGAGAAAGACAAGACAAUAGGAGGAGCCGUCUACGUCUAUGUCAACAAAGCCGGAAAGUGGAAGGAAGUCACCCCCAUCAAAAUAGAAGGACCUCAGUACUCCAUGUUUGGCCUGGCUGUGGAAAACCUGGGGGACAUCAAUCAGGACGGUUGCCAUGAUUUUGCAGUAGGAGCUCCUUAUGCGAAUGAUGAGGCAGGGGCUGUAUACAUCUACCACGGAGCAGCCAAGGAUCUCAGCUUUAAAAAGGAAUCUCAGCUUUUGUCCGGCAAGCCUUUAGGAGUGAGAAUGUUUGGCUACUCUUUGGCAGGAAACAUGGACCUGGAUAUGAACGCCUACCCUGACUUGGCUGUGGGAUCGCUCUCUGACUCUGUCUUUGUCUUCAGAUCCCGCCCAGUUAUUACCAUCAUGAAGGAAAUCAGCUUCUCGCCAAAGGAAAUCGACCUCACCAACAAGAACUGUGGCAGCCAUACCUGCUUGAAGGUUGAGGCAUGCUUCACCUACACUGCCAACUCCAAGGACAACGCUCCCAGUCUGACCCUGGAGUACUCCCUCGAGGCAGACGCUGACCACGUGGAGAAAGGUCUUAAACCCAGGGCGACCUUCGCUGACUCCUCUGAUAAUGCCCACCAGUACAAAGGGACCAUCAUCAUGGACACCAAAGGAAUGAAAAAGUGCAUUAAGCGUCAGCUUAACAUACAGGAAAAUAUUCAAGACAAGCUGAAUGGGAUCGCCGUCGAAGUGUCAGUGAACAUCCAGGAUGGGAAACGUAAACGCAGACAGAGCUCAUCUUCUCAAAUGCUACCUGUCAUGGACCCCAAGGAGCUAUUGCCAGAUCGAUCAGAGGUGAAUUUCCUGAAGGACGGGUGUGGCACCGACAAUGUUUGUCAGAGCAACUUGCAGGUGAAAUAUCGCUACGGCUACAUGGCAACUGACAAAGACACAUUCACUCCAUUAGCAAUGGUGGACAACGUGCCGGUGAUCACGCUCAGUAACCAGAAGGAGAUUGCCUUGGAGAUCAAAGUGUCCAAUCUAAAAGGAGAUGAUGCAUACGAAGCCUCGGUGACCACCUCCUUCCCACCAUUCCUUACCUACUCUACUUUCCACGCUGCAAAUGAGUUGCAGAUAACCUGUGCAGCCAAUAAAAAUGGUUCUCAGCCAAAGUGUGAGCUCGGAAACCCCUUCAGAAGUGGCUCAGAGGCGACCUUCCACAUUAUUCUGGGUACAUCAGGCUUUCCUCUAAAUACUACUGAACUGGAGAUUGAUCUUCAGCUAAAAACGACAAGCGAGCAGGAAAUAGUCCCUGUUAAAGCAAAGGCAAAGGUGGCCAUCAUGGUGCAGCUGUCUGUAUCAGGACAAGCCCAGCCGUCUCAGGUCUACUUUGCAGGAAAGGCCAAAGGUGAGUCGGCCAUGAAGAAAGAAAGUGACAUUGGCAGUGCCAUCACACACCAGUUCAGAAUAAUCAAUCUGGGAAAGCCCUUGAAAGACUUUGCCACCGCCAGCCUUGAAAUCCAAUGGCCAAAAGACACAGCGAAGGGGAAGUGGCUGCUCUACCUGAUCAAUAUCACCUCCAGUGGAGUGGACCACAUAGAGUGCUCUCCCAAAGGGGUGGCCAACCCUCUUAACAUGAAACCAGACUACAAGAGGAAGAGAAGAGCAGCAGAAAACACCCAGGGAAGUGAGGAGGGCACUUUGUCACGUUUACGUGACAGGAAAUCUAAAGUUCUGUCCUGUGACGAUGGGGCAAAAUGUGUGAAGAUAACGUGCCCCCUACGGGGCCUGGACAGUACUGCAGUCAUCACUCUCAACUCUCGCCUUUGGAGCAGCACCUUCAUAGAGGAUUUUUCCAAGCUCCAUCAUGUGGAGAUAAAAGUGAAGGCCGCUCUGCAUAUCAACAGCACAUCAAAGAACACAGUGAUAAAACACCACGAGACAGAGGCGAGACUGACGGUGUUCCCAGAGAGGGUUGAAGCCAUGCACGGAGGAGUGCCAUGGUGGAUCAUCGUGCUGUCCAUCCUGUUCGGGCUGCUGCUGUUGGCCCUGUUGGCUUUCCUUCUGUGGAAGUGUGGCUUUUUUAAGCGUGCCAAAUAUGAAGACGAGGUUCCCAGUUACAACGCUGUUCGCAUCAAACAGGAGGAGAGAGCAAUAAACCCCAGGCAUGGGAACUGGGAAAACCUGGAAAAGAAGCCCUGGAUGACAACCUGGCAUAACAAGGAACAUUAUUCUUAACAGCCAAUGAGAAUGUGACACCACACAGAUUUCCUGUCAGUCACUGAUGAACUCCCAAUUUCACUGAUUUUCUUUGCAGUGUGGACUGUAAAUAUAUAUAUAUAUAUAUAUAUAAAAAAGAAAAUUUGUAAAAAAACAAAACGUAGGAUUAAAUCCUUGAUCAAACAUUGUGCUUCACGGGCUGAAUUGAUCUUGGAUAAAGUCUUUAUGAAUCACUGGAAGGAGAGUAGCAGUGUGGGAGAUGGUCCUGCACAUUUACUGUCUGUCAGCUUUGGAGCUUGUGUUGUACGUUUACUACAUUCAGUGUUGACUUGGGGGGGGAUUAUUUCUAGAGCUUUUGUACAUUUUUUUUUUGAAUGGUUUGCAGAAUUGUUUUGUACUUAUUCAUGUUAUCUGCCCUACAGGCCAAAGAGUCAACAAAUUGCAUACAGGGCCAUCUUUAUUAUUUCCAUUUUUAACUAAAAUGUGCCAUGUAAAAGUAGGUAUUUUGUUUUUUAGCAUUUCUACUGUGCAUCUGCCGUAACUGUUGAUCAAUCAGUUGUAGUUUAUGGAUGAAACUGCAACUUAUCACAGUGAUCGAGCAUUCUGGUUUUUAAAUAUACUACCAAGCCUCUGCCGAAUUCACCUUUCACUUACUGGCUGUAAAAAAUAAAGAGCGAACAAAGUUUCUUUAAUAAAAAUUUUAAAGUCA